GCAGGGUGCCAGCUCAGCCCGUGCCCAGUGUCUGCUUGUGACUUGCAGUGUUGGGGAUUGCUCCAAGCCUGCUUUCCUGAGAGGCAGCACUUCGAGGUGGAGUGUGUGCUCCUUAAAGCUCAUGCCCUGCUGACAGGCAGUAUUAGUCCUGUUCUCUGCAAGAGAGCAGGAAGCUGAGUGCAAAGAUGUUAAGUGUUGAAGGUCAUGUAAAUUGUGUCCAUCCAAGUGCUCUUUCUCUGGUGUUCAUGCUGUUUUGUGGCCUGCACUAGUGUUAGGCAUCCAAGUGUGUAGACAAGGCAGUGACAUCUUUAUCUUGUCUAGCUUAGAUAAAAACUCCAGGUAUCCCGCUGAUACAAAAUUCUGUUGGCAGAUGUCCUAUACAUUCUCCCUCCUGCAACAGGGUGGGGAGGGGGGAAGUAAAAGGAAGGCUCUGGUAGAUGAGAUUUAAGACUCUGGACUUCUGCAAAAAAAUUACAGCUUGGGAACAAAGACUUGUAAAUUGAUGAGUUGGGACUGUGGUGUGCUGAGAAGGGGGUGCUGAAGGCCCUGGGCUGCAAGCAGACCUCUGUCUCUAAUGUUCACGUGGCCCUGCUCAUCUUAGCAGUGAUGUAGGGAGAAAAUGAGCUGGUCCCAAACCACUUAGUGCUUUGCAGAUCAAAACUAGCUUCUCAGAUUCUCCUCUGUGUUUCAUAGAUGAUCUGAACAGGUCUUCCUGCCCUGCUUUCCCACCUGUCCUUUCAGAAACCAGCUGCUGAAUUUGGCAUCAGCUCCAGCCCCUGGCUGCAGGCACAGCCUGGCACUGCAGUGCCUGGUCUGGUGGGCACUCACACCUCCAUGAGCUGUAUGGCACAGCGGGGAGGUUCUGCUCCCUUUUUAAAGCUCCUGGGACUCAGCACUCAAUCCAGAUCUGCUCACUGAGGUUUGAAUACUAUCAAGGUUCUUUAGGUCUCAGGGUAAACUGCUGAAUUUGUGGAAUGUGAGUUCAGAAUGGGGAUCUUGCUGUAACCACAGAACUGCAGCACAGUAAACUACUGGAAUGUGUAAACUGAAAAGUAGUUUUUACUUACUCUUCUGUCUUGCAGAGCAAAAUGCUGACGGGGUCCCUUUCCUUCUCAUUAGCUGGGUUUUGUGAGAGCAGUGUGGAGGCCACGGUGAGAGGAGGCCAGUGGGUGCCAUGGAGCUCCCCAGUUGCAGCCAGCAGCUGCUACCCCAGCUGUACACCCUGUGCAAGGAGCAGCACUGCUGUGACUGCACCAUCUUUACUGGGGACGUGCAUUUUAGAGCACACAAGGUGGUUUUGGCUGCUGCCAGCCUGCUGUUUAAAUCCCUCUCGGGCCAUACAGACAGCACCUCCAUUGAUGCUUCUGUGGUGAUGCCUGAGGAGUUUGCAGUCUUGCUGGAGAUGAUGUACAGUGGCAAACUCCCACUGGGGAAACACAAUUGCACCAAAGUUACCUCUGUGGCAGAUAGUCUGCAGAUGUUUGAUGUGGCUGUUAGUUGCAAAAGCCUCCUCAGGGACCUCAUAAGCUGUUCUCCUCGGGACCAGGUACUGAGAGGAGUCUCCAGCCAGGCAGCAGAUUCAUCUGAAAACAAAGCUGAAGCUAAUAACCUGCCCCAGUCUGGAAAACCCAAAGAAGAAAAAACAGAUAUCCUCCUCACUCAGAGAGUUUUCCCUUUACCUGGCCCUGUAGAAGCAGAAAUGGAAGCAGAUGUUUCUCCUCCUGGCCAGGAACUUACUGUGAAUUGCACCUGGGUUCACGAGGACUUGAUGCUGAAUGUCUCCAGGUCCCUCCAGGAGGAUUCAAGCUCUGGCCCUGACCAGCCUGCCCAUGCUGAGUGAAGUGGCUGUGUGGAAGAGCCUCCAGAGCUUGCUGAGCCUCCAGAGGGGAAAGGGCCAUCAAGGGAUUUAGGUCUUCCCAGGUCUGGGCACAGCAUUGCCUCCUGUUGGCAACACAUCGACUCGCAUUUUCCUGUUAUGGGGUAUCUUUUUCUCCAUGUUGGAUCUUUUUAUGGGAUCUGUGUUUGUGCAGGACAUGGGGCUGAUCAGACAGUCUGUCUAACAGCAAGCUGUGUGAUGUCUUCAGAAGGGAUUUCAGCAGAGAGCAGAAGCUGUAAACUGGAUUUCUUUCUUCGAAAUGAAAGUGUUUUCUCUGAGGCCCCUUCUGAUGCCCAGGCUGUGCUGAAAAGACUCGAGCAAGAAACUGAUGCCUCUCAAAAGGAGGCUCUGGCUGCCUGUCUCGCCGAGGCAGGGGAACAGUCACUGUUCAAGAAGUUGCUGAGCAAAGUGGAGCGUGCUCGGCUCAGGGAUAGUGACACCCAGGACACUUGGCCCCUGGACACUCAGACACUCCUGUCUUUUCUGAAGCUGUUUCAAGACAUGAAUUCCAGGCUGAGAGCAGCUCUGCUGGAGAGGGAACAGGGCACUGGAAAAGCCCCACGGCAAGGAGAGAACAGAGCUGAGGAGGAGACGCUGACCGCUCGCUUGCUGGGCUGCAGGGAGGAGCUGAUCCAGAGCAUGACACAGCUGAGCCCCAUCCUGGAGUUCCUGGAGGCAGCAGAAGAGGGAUUCCUGACCCCCUUGGAGAACCACUUCCAAGAGCUGGACUUGGUGGAAGAACCCACGAGGGUGGUCUUCGAGCCGAUGCACAUGGGUUACACCUGGGACACGUGCAGGUGUUCCUUUCAGAUCCAAGAGUUGGUAGCUUUGGAUUGCUGUGAAAGCAGCUCCGAGAGGGAAGCCAUGGACAACCUGCUCAGGAAGGUGGAUGAAGAGAAAACCCUGAAUGUGGAAAGCUUGAUCAAACUUCUGGGGGCUGUGAAAGCAUCAUUGCCUGGGCUCCAGCUUCUGCUGGACAACUUGGUGGCAGCAGCAAACAUCUCUGAUAGCAAAGUUCUUUCUCACUUUUAUUUAUCAACUAAUCAGGUGACAAGGGCUUGGCUCACAGAAGCAGUGAAAGAGCUACUGAGUAUUUCUGCUCAGAAGGAAAGUUCAGAGGCCUCCUUGAAAGCAGCUCUGAGCACAGCCCAGGAGAAGUGUGUCCUGACCAUGAAGAUCUACCAGGUGCUGUGCAGUGUCCCUGAGUCCUUCCCAGACCUGCAGCCAAUGAUGCAGGAGCUGGGCCAUAGUUUUGUCUGCAAAGCCUGUGAUAAGACCUUCCACUUCUGCUGCUGCCUGAAAGUGCACAUGAAACGCUGUUGGGUGUCCAGAGGAAAGCAGAUCCAGUGUAAAGAGUGCAGCCGGGUCAAACUGACCAAGAAGGAGCUGGAAAAUCAUCAGCUGGAGGUCCACAGGGUGGGUGGGGAGGCCAAGGAAAAGAAGAAGAGGCUCCCUGUGGCGUGUGACAUCCGUGGAAGAGAGUUUGCUCAUGCCUCGGGGAUGCAGUAGCACAAGCUGACAGAACACUUGGAUGAGAAGCCCUUCUCCUGCCAGGAGUGUGGGGCCAGGUUCGUGGCAAACCCCACGCUGAAGAACCACCUGCAGCUGCACCCGGGGGACAGACCCUUCAUGUGCAAGCACUGCCUGAGGACCUUCAUGCAGACCUUGGCCCUUGCCUACCACAGCAAGAGGGAGCAGGCUGAGGACACUGAAGAUCCCUACAGCUGCAAGAAGUGCCAGAUGAGCUUUGCCACCCUGCAGGAACACUGCAAGCAUGUCCAUGAAGCACCUUCCUGGGAAUACCAGCCCUGCCCUACCUGCUCCAAAAUCUGCAGUGCCCCAUCACUCCUGGAGCACCACAUGGUGACCCACACUGGGGGAAAGCUUGGAAUCUGUGACAGGACUUACCAGGUGAUUCCAACGUGGCAGCAAGGAGCAGCAGAGCACAUCAUCUCUUUUGAUGGCACCCAACUCGUUGGCUCCCAAGUCUUUUUGGUGUUGCCUGAAUCCCAUGUGAGCCAAAGUGGCUCUGAGCAGGUGGCAGUGACUAAGGAGGACUUGUUUGAUGACAAAGUAACUCUGAAUUGUGAAGAAACCAAGUGGGAGACAGUGGGGGGUGCCUCCAACUGCCACUUGGUAUCCCCUGGACUUGUUGAGGAGCUCAGUGUGCUGCUCCAGCUCAGAGAUCCAGGACUUCACUGGGAAGGCAAUCCCAGGCAGGCAGCAAGCACAGAAUGACCAGGGACAGGAGAGGUUCAUAGACAUUCACUGCCUGGGAAGUCUCCCUGCAUUAAGCAGCUGCCAGCUCAGGUGAGCUGGACCACCUGUCUCUCCCAGGUGAGAAAUAAAGCAGAGGAAAAAAAUGGGAAUUGGGUGUGACCCUCUGCUGCUGUGAACGGAGGGGAGGGGACUGGUGCAGGACAAAACUGGGGUGUGUGGGUAUGGGAAGGAAAAAAAAAAGCUGUCCUGAGAAUUUAGGAUGGAGAUUUUUAUGGCUGAAUCAGUGAUACAGUCACAGGUAUCUUCUCUGCAGGGUGUGUGAGGGCUGCUUUGUGUCUUCUACUCUCACCUGUACUGAUGUGCAGCCAGAGGCCUCUUCCAGCACAGAUCUGACCUUUGGGUCUCUCUUCUCCAGCAGAGACUUCCUGGGAACUGGGCUAAAUGACUUCAGUGCAGCACAGGUUCUGAUCCCAUCCAUAUUUUUGCUGUAACUGUCUGUUAGGAAGGAGGGUCCAAGGCAGAUCUGGGGAUCCCCAUCCUCUCUGCAAGCAAACAGCCCUGAGAUGUCCCACCACCCUCUUAAUUCACCAGGAACAUGCUGAAAAAGGAGGAGGAGUUGUGCCUGCAUGCCAGGGUCCCUCAUUACUGGUGACAGUGGCUUGGCACUAAUGAAAGUAUUUGAGUGUGGGAUGGCUGCUGUGAUGAAUGCAAGUGGACAUUCCCCUGCCACACGGGGGGCACUGCCUUGUAAAAUGCAUUCAGGUGCCCACUGUAAAGUUUGCUUCUCUGGUGCCAGCAAGAUGCAACAGCUUCAUUGCAUCACACCACUCCCUUUAAGGCUAAAUUUCAUAAAGCUUUUUUAUCUGCAGCUUCCUAAAAUAUAAUCUGAUAAUUAAUGGUUUGCUGAAUCCGUUAUGAAGUGCAAUUAGAUAGAUGCAGGGUUCCUGUGGCUCUGAGGGGACUGGUAGCAUUUAUCUUCCUUUCCUUCGUGCCAGAAGGUUGAACUCUGCCACUGGAAUAUUUCCACAGGGAACGGUGAUCCCGCCAGAUCUCAGAGCCUGGGACCCCACGGUGAGCAGUGCCCUGUUGUGUCCUGCUGCCCAGAGCCACGGGAGGUGAACAGAUUGGAGUUUUCCAGCAGCAUCUUGUGCUGGCUGCUCACUGCCACCAGGCAGAGAUGGUGGCACAGGAGCGUGCCAAGGUGGCUGUGCCAGUGAGAGAGUUUGUUCCCAUUAUAACUUGGAAGGAACAGGGGAGCAGCAGAGCUCCCAGGAGAGGGGCUUGGGGGAGCUCAUGACAUUUUGUGUGUGUGUGUGUAGCAGCAAGCAUAUGACCCUGCUGAAGUGUUGCACAUGUCUUGAAGGGCUCCCACAUAUGGUUUGUCCCCCCAAGCUUUUCAAGGAUGGUGACACGGAGGAAGCAUGAGGUUAAGCUGCCACUGAAUCCAGAAAUGACCAGGAGAUGGUGCUCAAGGCCUUGAGGAUUAGUGUUAGUGGCCAGGUGCCUCUGCACCUUUGUGGAAGCUCCUCUGAGCCUUCCCAGGCCUUCCCCAGCUCCUGGGCUGCCAGCCAUGGGGAGAUCUUGAGCCACUGCCAAGCUGAAGGAGAACUCCAAGCCCUGGACAGGUCACCUCCAACCCUGGAUAUCACUGCUUAAAGAGCCUGAAGCUGGGUCUUGGCCACUUGUAGAGAGGGUAAAAUGCACUUGUUACUGAGGUGAAGAGAUAAAAAAGCCUGGGAUCCCCCUUGACCAGGAGAGGGGCCAGAGGGGGAGCUGCUGGAGCCCAUCUCAUGUGUGGCAUGUGUGCAUGGCACUUGGGCUGAGCAUGGGGAUAAUGACACAACGAGCAACUGUGUCUUGAUGGUUUCAGAGCAGAUGUGCUGGGAGGAAAGUAGUGGAUUUUGUCCCACAAACUGGUGGAGUUGGAAGCUGUUCCCCCUUUUCUGACUCCAUGGGAGCUGGGAGCUGUGGAAAUCCUACACAGGCUGUGGGGUGGCUCUGGAGUGGGGAGUGGAUUGUCCAGACAAUGCUUUGCAGGUGUCCUGGCCUUUGUGUGUGAGCCAAUAUCUGCAGGGAGAGCUAAGGUGAAGCUAAUGUCCAUUUGUUCCUGAAAAACUGUGGAGGGGGGUAAAGGUUUAGCAGGGCUUAUGGAGAAGUUUCCCUUAUUUCUAUCCAUCUCACAGGGCAGAGGCAGCUCAGCCAGGGCACAGCAGGUGUUUGGGGCCUGUUGGCUGUGAUACCUUUGGUCCCUGAUUCCUUCUUGUUGUUACAGCUGGAGGGGGACGGUGUGGGUAUCACUUCAGGGGUGGUUCAGGCUCACCUCUCCUGUUUGGGGCCAUCUCUCCUGCCUUUCUGCCCAGCAAGGUCCUGUGUGGGCAUAUCCUCAGCAGAAUCCUGCCAGCUCCACACACCCAGUGAGAGCUCUGUAGCUCGACAGAGCCCAUCAAGUGUCUCCUAUAUCAUUAUGAGGAGAUAAUAACUUACUUCCCCCCAUUCCAGUUCCUUCUUGAUAGAUGAGGUAUGUAGAGCAGAGCAAAUUGCAGCAUUAGCAACACCCAUGUCCUAACCGGGAGGGAGAUGCAUUUCCCAGGACACAUCCUGGUCUGGUGUGCACCACACUGGAGAUGCUGAUUGCUGGUGAUUCCUUGUUUUCUCUGUAAAAGUAAAACAUGGAGAAGGAAAGAUGUAUCUGCAGAGUGUCAUUUGAAGCAAUUCGCUGGAAAAGAAAACCUUCUUGUGCUUGAAAAUAUGAUUUUUUUCAAAUCUUCUCCCAGGUGCUGGGUGACCCACUGGGUUUUGGGUCCUGUGCCCCCCUUGACCUUGGUGCCAUCCUCUAAGGAAGCAGGUCAGGCUGGAGCAUGGGACCAUCCUGCCCUUCACUGUGUCCUCCUGUUGGAGCUGCCAGAUGCUUUUGGGAAAAGGGCAGAGUGCCUCUAACAAACUGAGAAGUGACAUCCCAUGGAGGACUUUAGGUCAGGUACUGGUGGAAUGACAAGACAAGGUGAAAUGGCUUUAAGCUGGAAGAGGAUAGAUUUAGAUGGGAUAUUAGGAAGAAAUUCUCCCCUGUGAGAGUGGUGAGGCCCUGGUUCUGACCCCGUGUCUGUCCUGUUGCUGUGGGAUCCUUCGGAACAAGGCAGUGUGCCUUGUGUACAGCACUUGACCUUUCCCAUGUAAAGUGUCAUUUCACAGCCUCAAGGUGCUAUUUUAACAGUGCCUGCAAAUUCAGUGCUCUGGGCUUCAUUUUUGGGUUGAGGUUUUUAUUAUUUUUAAAUCCAACCUGUCUGUAAUUAGGGGCAAAGAUGCCGCUGCUCACCCAGGGGUUAAAGAAGGAGGUGGCAGGAGCAUGGAGGGAGUUUGGACAGAGCUUGAAGCCUCUUGUGGGGGAGAGGAAGAGGAGAAUGGUCUGAAAACACUGUGUGUGUGGUUCAGGCAAGCCCUGGCAGCCCCAGGUGAUGCUGAUAUCUUGGCAAAUUUUAAUGAUGGUCUGGCAGGCUGCCGGCAUGGCCCCAGUGAAUUCAGGCACUGGAGAAGGGAAGUGAUGUCUCCAACAGCCUCCAUCCAGCUCAGCAAAACCUGAGUGCCCUUUCACAGCAUGGAAAUGAGACACAGCAGCAGCCAGAGGGAUCCUCCCAAAUUUCGGUGGUUUGCUGCAGACGGUGAGAGCUGAGGCACUUCCCUGGGACAUGGGCUUGGUAACCUUCUGUCCUGGGAUGAGCAGGCUGAUGGCUGAUGGGGGGCCUGGCUGCCUCCCCAGCAUCAAUUCCUGAGCCCCAGCACCGUCAGCUGCAAGAGGCCUCCUUACAGUAACCUCCACAAUUCCCGAUUUCCUUUUGUCAGGUCUCCAGCCAGCUUUCUGCACAAGCAGAAGCUCUCACUCUGCCUUCCCUGAAGCUCUCAUUCUGCCUUCCCUGCACCCUUUAUGAUCACUCAAAGCAGGAAAUCUACCCAGGUUUCUAAUCAUGUUUAAGCAAACCUGAUAAAGUGCAGUUCUUAGUCCAUUUAACAUCAGACACACGGAUGCUGUGUAAGUUGUGGUAUAAAAUCUUCAUCUACAGUGGGAGUGGGGCUGGGAAGCACCUGUGGCUCAGACCAUGCCACUGGUUUCUGUGACCUGCAAGGAAGCAGAAAGCCCUUGCUGGUGAGACAGAGGCUGGAGGAGCAGUGAGGAGCAGUGGGGAUCUGAAGUGCCUGGCAUCACUAAGUGUCAGGCUGUGUGCCUGGGAAGGUGCCACGCUGGCUGUGUGGGGACAGGAGGGGAUUGGUUAGGAUGUGUGACAGCGUCCUGAGGGCUGCUGGGUGGAACAAGAGCCCUGAGCAACGUUUGGGGGCUUUAGGAGCUGCUUCUGGCAGAAGUCAAGAGGAGUUUCCUGUUGCCCCUGCUCUGAGCAUUGCUGCAAUGAGAUGUCAGUGCUCACCCACAGCAGCGUGUGACAAGGAAAUGACAAACUGAAGGCUCUGCAGGAGACAUGUACCUGACAGCACGAGUCAGGAGGUGGGAAACCUGUCUUGAAGCUCUCACUGCUCCACGUGGCUGAGGAGUGACCCGGAGGUACCUUCAUCCCCUGUGCUGGGAGAUGGUGCUCUUUACCAUCUCUGCACUCUGGCAAGUGCUGGAGAGCAUCAGUAUUAGUCAAGGUCCAUUUGUACAGAGCACAAAUACUCAGCUUGGCCUUAUUUCCCUUUUCUUGGACACCCUGGAAAUGCCUGGCAUUGUGGGUGGUCCAGACAGUGACCUUUCCACUCCUGACAGGAGCAGUCAGUCCCUGUCUUGCUUCUGAGGAGCUCAGGGUCAAGUUUGUUGGCCGAUAUUCCUUCAUCCCGUGGAUCAGGGAUGCUCAGAGCCCUGCAGCAUAUGGGAAGCCUUGUCUGGGCAGGCUGGCUGCUUGUGUUCUCUGUGCUUCCCAGACUUUCUCCCGCUGGCCCCAAAGCCUCCUGCAGAUGGGGAGGGCUGGCUGGGAUGGGUCUGGUGUGCACAUCCUCCCUUCGAGCACCAGGAGGAGCUGCCAGCAAAUGGGUCUGUCCUGAUAGAUUAGAUCUAUCUUGAGGCUGUGCAAGAUCAUCUCAGCCCACAGGUCUUCCAGCCACUGGAGGCUUCCUGCUGGAGCUGGAGUUUGCUCUCUUUCUCUUGGCUGCAGUAAGGUGAGCAGAGCCCUGCCUCAGGUUUCAGGCUGCCUGGGGAGAUAAUCCAUGCCCCUCCAGCUGUGCUGAACCUGCUAAUGGGUGUGAUGAUGGCUUUCCCUGACAUGUGAAUCUGGCUUUCCCUACCCAAGGAGGCCAAGGCCAUAUGUCACCUCCUCCAUGGCCUUGGCCUUCCUGGCCAGCACUUUGAUGGGGAAGAGUUGAGCUCCAGUCUUUGCCAGCUGCCCUCAUCCCUCAACUUUGCUGUCCUUCACCUGGACUAGGUCUCCCUGCAGGUUCACCCCAGCCCUCCACCUACCUUCCCCUGAUCUGCCAUCACCCAGACCUUCUUCCCCAAAGCUCCUCCUGCAGAGGUGUGCCUGCACCUCGAUGUGUUCCUGCCCCAUGCAGGGUUUUGCUCUCUGUAGAGACUACAUGUGGGGGCACAUCUGGAAAGUCUCCAAUUGCAGGUAUAUAAUUCCCAUUCUGAUCUUCUGCAGGAGCCACAGGGGGACUCAGUGCUGGGUGGAAGAUGGGUGGAAUGGCUGUAAGGACCCCACAAAUGUGGGGGUCGUUCCCUUUGUCCAACUCGUGUGUUUAUUUUUCCAGCUCAGAGGCUCCAGCGAGACACUGUUUAGAGCAGAGCUGCCCCAUCCACUGAUACUUAGUGCCAUAAUAACAUCACAUUGGUUCAGCACAUUGCACUUCAGACCUGCAGUUGUUUCCUUUGUCCCUGAGUGUUUAAAGCUGUUGUUACUGAGCUGUCCAGUGACACAAGGGGCUUUCUCCAGCAGGGUUAUAGAUGAUAGUGAGUUUGGUGAUACACAGGAGCAGGUCAGAUGAUCUCUGUGGCGUGUGUGAACUCCUGUUUAUCAACAGCCGGUCUCUGUGAGCAGUGAAUUCCCUCUGCAGCUCCCUCCAGCCUCUCACAUCAGCUAACCCAGAUAAUCCUUUGCUAUCUGCCACAUCUCAGUAGAUCUAUUAAACACACACGAGUUCUGGUGUCCUUGUGCAUAACCAGGGUAUGUUGCAAGAUUUCAAAUUCCCCAGUGCAGGAUUCUGUCAAAGUUUUGUUGAAAGUCUAAAUAAAUAAACCCCUUUUACACAU